AUGCCACGCCUAGUUCGCCGGCAGCCGCUCAGGGAGCGUAUCAUGGCUGCAAUCAACCCCAUGGACUUUUUGCUCUGGCUAUCCGAAGAACUGGAAACAAGAGAUUGGGAUUCAGCUUCGGUUGGGACACAAAUGGGCCUUGUCAUGAACUUCAUCUUCUUACUUGCGCGCGCGAACUCAGGAUCAUCUACCCCAAGUGACGAUAUUUUCAGUGAUGAAACCAGUUCAGGGUGGCUAUCAUUCUUGAUCUAUCCACUGGUAUGGGCCCUCAUAGCUUUCUCUUGCACCAAUGCUUUCUACAUGAUCACGCGAACGCGCAAGUACCGACUCUUUCUGGCCAAGGUCGACAGGCCGCUUUCGACGCCUUCUGCGCGACGUGUGAAAGUGAACCAAUCGAGCGCAUCGCCUUCGACGCCCCUGAGCUAUCUCGCGAAUCUGAUAACACCAGAAUCUGCCGAGGCGCGAGCCCACCCAGAUAAGACAUCAGAUGUUUGGGAGUUGUCAGUCUGGGAUCCUCUGCCAGUGUCCUUACGCCUGUCUUGUCUCUUUGGCCCUGGGCAUGUUUUGGUGUACAUGAUCUUCCUUCCUCUAGCUCCUCUCGAUCCCCGACCGAGUGUGACGGUUCUGAAUACACUCAUUCUGCAGGCCCUUAUUUCUGCUCAGCUUCUCUUCUUCUGUUCUCGAUUUGCGCAACAAGCAAAGGAUAAGGCCGUGAUUCAGGAACAAGUGAUGAAAGAGUACGAUACCAAGUUUGUCCACCCCCGGCUUCACCCUACGGUGCGCGACAUUGGCACACAGUUCUCGACAGACCAGCCCGACGACUAUCAAGAAUUUGUGCAGACUGGGACCCCUACAGUUCAGAUCCGUCAUGGUUUCCAAGUCCAUUCUAACCCAUAUACCGGAACGGAUCAUACCCCCGAGGAACGAUCCCUCACCCCCACCUCCAACAACGUAAUGAAGCCUCACAUGUUCACGCCUCCCACAGCAACUCGACGCUCGGAAGCCUUUAGACCCGCUACCAGCCAGAAAGGCACCGUCCCACGCCAUAGUUUGCCUGCAGGCUAUACAUCAACUGGGACAUCUUCGGGGAUUCAGGGAAUGAACUUUGGUGGAAACAUGGGCAUCCAUACCCAUAACAAGUCACCCCUCAAGAAGGCCACCAGUCUUAAUGAACUCAAUCCCCAGGAAGCAGCAUCUCCGCGGAAUUCUCGAGAAAUGGCAGCCUACGAGCAACGAAACUGGGGAGCAACAACGCCAUCGAAAAAGCUUGAGAGUCGUCGCCUAAUAGGCUCAAGACCUAAUGGAGGCGGUAACCCCUUUGCUGGUUUGGUGCCUCUCAUCUCACAGAAUCUUCCUCAUCACAUGGGUGAUUCCGAGAGAAGACCAACAUUUGGAGAUCUGGGUAAACCAGCUAAGGAGACACGGGAACCUACUCGGAGUGCCACAUUGGGGGAUGUGGGAGAUUGGUUCAGGAACAAACUUCCAAGUCAUCGUGCAGAGAGAGGGGGAACAUUGAGAAACAACGAAGAUCAGGACAUUGGAGCGGCUGCUGGCAAUUCCUCAUCUCAACUUCAACACAAAGUCAACAAUCGAGCAUCAGCACAAUAUCACUCUGCCUCAAAUCGCCGAGCGGGUCAACGCAGCAGAACCGGGGGUUCAGAUCGCCUUGUAGAUUGGAACAUGCCAAAAAACCUAAGUGAAGCAGUGCCUGAACCGACACCCGCAUCUAAAGACAGAGGGAAUGAGCCUUCACUGCCGACUUAUCGUAGAUGGAAAGAAUUCGGUUCCCUGAGACUAGGCAAGAAGCGCGGUCAGAAGAAACGGAGUGGCAGCAUAGAAGCCGAGAAGGGCAAAGAACAUCAACCUAUGAGUCGCUCUUCCAGAGCUCAGUCCUUUGCGGCAGCCAUCCAAGGAACGCCUAGCAUAUUGGAAGUUCUAGAAGCCAAUCGAAAUGCAAGGAGAAAAGCACGGGAGGACCGGGAAAGUUUGAGAGAAAGCGGAGAUUACCUGGGUGUUCAAGGUAUCAACCCGCAAACGGGUAUUCUUGAUCUUACAUCGGACAGUGGAGAGAGUACGCUGAGCUCGAAAACGGAACAAAGGCUGCUGAGCCUGGAGGCACAGUCCAAGAACGCUUUAUCGGCUACCGAAAGAAAGGAGGCUGAGAUUGAAAUCGUCAAGGUACAUCUUGACCACGAAGUCGCCAAGGCACGACGACAAGAGAAAGCAGAGAAACAACUGGCAGCUUCUGCCACUGCAAAAUGGCGAAGGGGGACACACCAGUGGUCGUCGGUUCAGGAGCCUGAUUUGAGCCCGAUUGCCCAAUCACACAGAAGUACUUCAGUAUUCUCAAGGCGCCCGUCACGCCGAGACUUGAAAAUGGCAAAGAAGGAAGGGCUGAUCGACUAUAACUCAAAAGAGUCGUCCGAUGAAGAAGUCCCGCCUGCUGUACAACCCAAGGAAACUUCCAACUCAUCCGACACAGUGAUCAAGACCCCUCAUAGACGCAGCCUGGCAAACCCAUCUCCUUCAGCCUUGGAGCUUUUCGAGAAUGACAUAAAAUUCCAUAACCCAAGCGGGCCUAGGCUAGACAGAGAUCAGAUCCCAGAGUUUUUCCUUGUAUCCGCGCACGAUGAUACACAGAUACAAACACCUGCCAACGAGACACAACAUCUGCAAGGGAACGAGAAAUUCCACGAGACGGGCGGAUCACUGGCGCACUACAGCGACCAAAACCAGCACUCCAAUCCUUUUUUAGAGAAGGGCCUAGAAGGGGCAAUAGAACCGGGAGGAACCCAGAUACCUCGACACCAACCACUUACUGGUGAAGGGCAAGAUCGAGAUACAAAGCCAACACGAGAACAGCAUUCCAAAAAGCUACGUGCAAGAUUUGACGACCACCCACGAGAAAUCCAUUACCCGCCCGACAACAUUGGAACAGACCGCGUCAAGUUCCCUAGAAAGCCAGUACCAACACACUCGAGUCUCGAUACACCACCAGCAAGUCCUCACAGGCCGUGUAUAGAACCCGCACCUGACAGGAAGCCCAAAGAUACGGUCCAGUUGGGAGCAAGAGGCACUGAACAACUCAACACCGUCUCCAACAGUCCUGCUGCUCCGGAGACGAACAACGAAAGCUGGGAAUACAAGCGGCCCACUGCCCCAGAACGAGGCAAAGCGGUCAGCAACUCUAGAUCCCCUCACCGCUCCUCCAUUUCCCUCGAAGGAACCUACAGUCAAAGAGAGGCUGCAAAAGCCACCCAAAACAACCGGGGAAACAACACAAACAAAACACCAGAUAAUCAGAGGAACUCUUCCCCAAUCCUUAAACCAAGCCUACACGAAACCCGUGACCGAAGAUCAAAUAACGGAGCGGGUUUGGGCGCAGAGCGCGAAUCGCGACAUCACGAAUAG